GGAAGCGGAGUGCGAGGGACGAGAAGAGUAGAAUCUCCACUAGCCCGGAGCGCCCCUCAUCUUCGCUUCACAGCCCCGGCCUUUCUCCAUCCCAACCUGAGGGUUUCCUUCGCUAGUGCAGGUCGCGGCUGACGCCAGCUAAUCGGCUUUCGCUACGCCGCCCCGGCUCAGAUGCCCUUUGGUGGCGGCAACGCCGCCGAGAAACCCACGGGCGAGCUCAGCCCCGUUCUACUUUGAGAAAGUCAGAUGUCCCCUUUUAACUCCCUCUUCAAAACUCAGCUCCCAGGUGACUGAGUUAAUUAAGAGUUGGGGGCAACCUUACUGAAGAUGAAUAUAUAAUAUUAGAAGAGAUUUUUUUCUUUUUUCUUUCACAUCUUGAUUGCUUAGUGGCUUGCCACUUUUCAAUUGAGUCUGUUUGUUUCAUCAGAAUGAUUUUUACAAUUUCAAGAAAAAAUAUGUCCCAGAAAUUGAGUUUAUUGUUGCUUGUAUUUGGACUCCUUUGGGGACUGAUGUUACUGCACUAUACUUUUCAACAACCGAGACAUCAAAGCAGUGUCAAGUUACGUGAACAAAUACUUGAUUUAAGCAAAAGAUAUGUUAAAGCUCUGGCAGAGGAAAAUAAGAAUACAGUGGAUGUUGAGAAUGGCGCAUCUAUGGCAGGAUAUGCGGAUCUAAAAAGAACAAUAGCUGUCCUUUUGGAUGACAUCUUACAACGCUUGGUAAAGCUGGAGAACAAAGUCGACUAUAUUGUUGUCAAUGGCUCAGCAACCAACACUACUAAUGGUACUAGUGGAAAUCUGGUGCCAGUAACCACAAAUAAAAGGAUAAAUGCAUCAGGCAGCAUUAGAUAGCAUUUGAAGAUCACCUUGUGCUGCUACAUCCACUGUGGAUUAUGUCCUAUGGCAGAAAAGCUUUUUAAUCACUGACUAGGAUAGAAUAAUACUUUACAAUAAAAGCUCUACAUAUUUACAUUUUUUUGAAAUAUGCUGGAUUCAUGGGACUCUAAUUCUGUAUGUAAAAUUUUAAAACUAUUAGUUUGCGUUCAGGCAAGUCUCUUCAAUGCUGUGCUAUAUUCUUAAAGGGAUUUUGAUAACAUGGUUGGUGUAGUAAGGUGAUCUUUAUACAAAUCUCUUGUGUUUGAGAUCAAGGUGGAACUAAAACACUGAGAGACAUGGAUUCAUUUCCAUAAAAUAUUUAUUAAAACAUGUACCAUAUUUUUCAGGCAUUGUUACUAAGUCAGUUUGUCAUUUGUUCUCAAUAGGUGUAAAUGUUAGACUAAUGCUAUUAGACAAUAUGCUUAAUUCCAGUACUAUAUUUUGUUACUCAGAUUAUGAACAGAGAAAAAAAAGUAUAAUGUUGAAAAUAAUGUUUGAAAAUCAUGACCCAAAGAAUGUCUUUAUUUGCACUAUCCUUCAGAAAUAACUGAAGGUUAAUUAUUGUAUAUUUUUAAAAAUUUAACAUUUGUAAAAGUAUAAUCUUGAAAAUGGGUAGUAACCACUGUCUGUAACUUAAGCAUUGAGGCAAUUAAAUGAUAGUAAAGUAGUAACUAAUCUCAUAUGUAACAUUUUCUUACAUAUAUUCUAAAGAAUAAAAGAUAUUUUUAUGAGAUUAAAAAAUAAGUAAAGUAUUAAUCCAUGAUUUUUCAUAUACUUGAAUGUUAAUUUAAGUUUAACCUUUGUGUAUGCUAUUAGGAAAGCAGAAAAAAACAGAAAAGUUCUGUUUUUACUACAUUGUUAGGGGAUUGGGACAUUGAGAUAUUUAUGAAACUUGGACUCUUAAGAUACAUAUGUAAAGGUAUUUGUGUUGCAUUAAAUUGAUUAGAAAAUGUUAACAUUAUAUGAAUAUCCAGCUCUAUGAAAUUUUGGAUUUGAAUAACAUACAUUAUUCAUUUUAUAUAAGGACUGCUUAAAAUAAUUAAGAAAAAUACAAUAUAAAUUAUAAAGAUUGAUUAUCUUUUUAGGAAAACAGCUAUUAUAUAUAGCACAAGAGAUCCUAAUCUUGGGUAAAUCUGGUAUAGGAAAAAAUACAUCUUUAUAAAAAAUUCCCUUGUAGCAAAUGACAUUGCCAUAUGGUGCCCUAUAUUUAAUAGUAUUUAUUCUCUGUAAUAGCUGCCUAAGUGCAGCUAGCUUCUAGAUUUAGACUAUAUUGAAUUUAGUUUUUGGUUAUUGUAUUGUUCAUUAUUACAAUAUGCUAUAAAAUGUAGUAGCAAUAAUUAUGGUAUUUUGUUAAAAUAAGUAUGAGAAAAUACUGUUUCAUGAAAGGUAGCUUUCCAAACUCUUCUGUAUACAUUUAUGUGAAGAACUAAAUUAUAUGCCAUUGCCAGGUGGAGUUUGGAAUUGUUCAGUCUUUCUUAUUAGAUGCAUACAUUUUUGGUGUUUGUUUUCAGGGAUGAAAUAAAAUAUAUUAUUUGUACU